GUAUGUGCAGAUGAUAGAUAAAGGCAAGGGUAAGAAGCAAAAGAGCUCGAAGACGCCAUCUUUUGUUAGUUCGGCGAGGGAUAGCUUGAGACUUCUACGACAGAGUUUCAUGACUCGAUCCAGAGACGAUGCCGAAGCAGGUUGUAGCAACCCCUCGGUUAAUACGUCCACCCCUGAGAUGGAUGCAUCAGCAUCACCUUCGCCCACGUCACACACACCUUUUCAUUCUGGUGCUAGCACCGCUGGAUCGCACACAUUCGUACCUGAGUCAAAUUUACAAUCUUUCGAAAGUGAGAGUGAGCACAGAGAAAAUGAUGUUGAUGACCGAGAAGAGGAGGACGAUGAGGAGGAUGAGCAGUUGGACCCACUCGUGAGGGAUCAACAUGUAUACAUUGCUCAUGAUGGCAAGAAUGCUUUUAUGCAUCAUGCGGGGAGAUUGUAUAGUCGCUUUACGUAUAAUCAACGUAAUGCGAGAGUGGUUCACAAGAAGCCCCCUGCUGAGCUUAUUGGUCAUUGGGACAAGUUUUGGAAUUCCAAUGAAUUUAAGCAAGAAUCUGAAGUGAAGAAAAAGAAUAGAAGAAAGGGAAAGAAUGAAGGCGUAGCUAUAGGGACCUAUACUCGAGGGUCGAUUCCUUUCUCUGAACACCUUGCCCGAUUAGCUCAAAAGUCCGAAGCUCCAGUAACAGUGGUGGAUGCUUUCAAGCACACCAAGACGAAGAAACAUGAUGGACAAACAUGGAUAGAUCCAGAAAAUGCACAACUUGAGGCUGAUUUUGUACAAUUGAAACAAAUGGCUGAGGAAUCAGGCCUUCAAGUCACGGAUCAAGAGAUUUGGUUUGAGCUAGUUGGUGGCUUUGAUCAAAUGAAUAGGAUUAAGGGAGUCGGAGAUCUUGCUGAAGAAAUGAAACCCCUCAAAUGUAGAUAUCAAAGCAGAAGAAAGAGCACUAGUGAUAUUUCAGAGAUUGAGCGGUUGAGAGCGGAGAACGAAGUCAUGAAGGCAAGGUUAGAUAAGAUUGAAUUGACAGUUGCUGAACAAAUUCGAAUGAUGUGUGGUGGAAAUCUUCCGACACCUCGAGACCCUGAUGAUGGGAUGGGAGGCUCAGGAAUUGGUCUUGGGAAGCUGUGUGAGGGAUCAGAGGACCUGAGAAAGCAGAAGAUAGAGGUUCUGCUUGAGAAGUUCAAAAGCUUCAAAAUGCUUCCCGGAGAAUCAUUUGACAUGCUAGAUGAAAGAUUCCACAAAAUUUUAAAUGAUCAUGCAUCACUUAACCACGUUCUUUCUCCCAAAGAAAAGAAUGUAAGGUUACUGAGGUCUCUUCCAGCUGAGUGGUACACCAAAGCCACAGCCAUGGAAGAAGGAAGAAAUUUGGAGAACUACACUGUCCAAGGUCUCCUAGAUGAGCUCAGAACCUAUGAGCACCAGCUGAAGAAGAAGAAGGAAGAACAAGUCACUCCUUUUCCCACGGCACUGGUGACAACUCCCAGAGUCCCAGCAAGCGAAGGGACAUGCCCAAGGAACUGUGACACUCCUUCCUCCAGCCAGCCACCAAGCUCAAAGACGGAGAACUACGAAGAGGAAUUUGCAAUGAUGGUCAAGCAAUUCCGGAAGUUCAAGAAAUUCUUCAAGAAAGCUGAUUCAGUCAGAAGGCCAUCCAAGGGAAAGCUACAGGUAAGCGACUCCCCUCCCGAAUCUUAUUUGUGUUAUAAUUGCAGGAAACCUAGCCACUGGAAGUCAUCUUGUCCGUACCCAAAAGUGGAGAAGUACGGAGAAAGAGAAAGGAAUGAGAAGAAGAAGAAGGCAAUGGUAGAAGCUGAAAGUGACGAGUCAUCUAGUUCUAGCUCGGAUGAAGAAGCUCUCAUCUGCAUGGAACACAGAGCUAAGAAGUCCAACCAUGAGGAUCGGUGGACUAUGUUAGAAGAUGACACUCUCUGCCUAAUGGCCAAGGAUGAUGCUGAUCAAGAGGCUGAGAAUGAAUCUCUCUCUGAAAAGGUGAAAUCUCUCAACAAGGAGCUAGGGAUACUAAAGUCCAAAGAAGCUGCGGAUAAGCUUCUUGAAACGACCAAACAUAAGGGUCGUGAAGGACAUGAGUUUGAUCCAUCCAGUUCCAAAAGGAAAGGGAGAACAACAUUCAUUCCUCCCAAACCUACUGCCAAACCCAAUAAGCAAAAAGGUAAGGAGAAGGAGAAACCUAUAGAAGUUCCCAAAAAGGAAGCCACUAAGUACCCAGGUGUCUGGUACUUAGACAGUGGCUGCUCAAGACACAUGACGGGUGGUGCGAGCCUUUUGAGCAAUCUAAUUCCCUAUGAUGGUCCAAGAGUUACUUUUGGAGGAAGCAAUUAUUUUGGCCUUACAAAAGGGCUAGGAAAUCUGGUGUAUAAGGGACUAACCAUCCAGGCUAUAUCUUAUGUGGAAGGUCUCAACUAUAACCUUCUUAGCAUAAGUCAGUUCUUUGAUAAAGGUUAUUCUCUAGAAUUCUGCAAGGACAUGGCAUCCCUCAAGAACAUCUCCUCAAAUGAAGUCAUUCUCACUGGGAAGAGAAUCAGAAACAUCUACGAAGAACUCUACGAAUUCCUUCAUAUGGAAAUUCGCUUCAAAUAUGAAGAAGAAGUUCUUGAAUUUUACAAGAAUGGAAAAGUCUCAACCGUUCAAUCGAAGAAGAAUCCACAGAGGACAAUUCCAGUAAUUGAGUCCACUGUUGGAGGCGCCAAAACUGAAGAUGAAGUCAGAGAUUCACUUUCUAGGGACAUCUCAAACUAUGGGAAUGAAGAAACAGAGGAAGAGUCAGUGAAAAUUGUAAGGAUUAAGGAAGAAUAUGCUGAGCAAGGAGAAGAUGCUGAAUCCCUCCCACUGCAACUCUAUCAAAGGGUGCCUUCUUCACAUCAGAUGGACAUCAGAUCAGCUAUGGCAGUGACAUCAGCAAACCAAGUGGUCAUUCAAGAUUACCUAAGGGUUCUUGCUGAUAAUCAUAAGGAAGCAUUCAGGCUCUUCAAGCACUUUGGAUCGUUCACUGCCAAACACAAGCUAGAAGUAAUCGUCCAACCCAAAAGUCUACCUCCAAUUCCAAGACUUCCGAUUGAAGUCAAACAAGGAGAGAUUGCAUACAUUCCAACUCAUGUGAACAUGACGGAACUAAUAUUGGAAGCCCAGCAAAGCAAUCCGGAGAACUCAAUACAACAUCUAUCAAACACUGAGUUUGAUGGAACAGAAGCUAUAGGAACCAUUGCCUCCCACUUCACAAAUGAUUCUCAGACAAAGGAGAGAUAUAACAAUCUCAAGCGCAUCAAGGAAGAAUGUGGAGUUAUGCAAGGCAUUGGUGAAGCUGCCGGAUCAUCCAAGCGCAAGAAGAAUUGAAGGCUCUUUUCAUCAAAACAGGGGGAAGUCUUGAAACGUUAUUUAUGUUUUGAUGAAAACACCUUCUUGUUUAAACAAAAACUAAUGUUUAUGUUUAACAUUUUGAUACAUCUCUUAAUUAUGCUUGAACAUAUUUCUUUUAAGUAUGAUUUCUGAGAUUUAUUAUUGAGCGCAUACAUUCAGGGGGAACUUAACUGUUUUUGGCUAACAAUUGCUUUUUGGUAAUAAACUACUGGUAAACUC